UCUCCGCUCUUCAAAUCCCCAAUUUCUCACAAACCCUAAAAAAUUAAUCGGUAGAAGGAAAUAAAUCGUCGAAAAAUGGCGAUCAGGCAGCUUCUUUACCUAGCUCGACGGUCCCACAAACCAUCAUUCUCUUUCAACGCCGCCCGGUCAUCUUCUUCGGCCGCCUCUUCGCUCGCAGCCGCCGAAUCUAAAGAGAUAUCCCCUCCUCCACCGACGGCCAUGAUCUACGACCGGUUAGCCGUCGAAGUUAAAUCAAAGCUCCAAAAGCUGGAAAACCCAGAUCCUCGUUUCCUCAAGUACGGUUCGCCUCAUCCGACCCUGACAUCUCACACACACAUCUUAUCUUCCCCCGAAACCAAAAUCACAACUUUGCCCAAUGGCCUUCGCGUGGCAACUGAAUCUUCCCUAUCUUCCCGCACGGCUACGGUUGGGGUCUGGAUCGAUGCAGGGUCGAGAUUUGAGACCGAGGAGACGAAUGGGACGGCGCAUUUCUUGGAACAUAUGAUAUUUAAAGGGACAGAGAAGAGGUCUGCGAGGGAACUGGAGGAAGAGAUUGAGAAUAUGGGCGGCCAUUUGAAUGCUUAUACUUCCAGGGAACAGACGACUUAUUACGCUAAAGUUAUGGAUAAAGAUGUCUUUAAAGCGUUGGAUAUAUUGGCUGAUAUCUUGCAGAAUUCGAAGUUUGAGGAACAUAGAAUCAGUAGGGAAAGGGAUGUGAUUCUAAGAGAAAUGGAAGAGGUUGAGGGUCAAACUGAGGAAGUUAUUUUUGACCAUUUGCAUUCAACUGCAUUCCAAUAUACUCCACUGGGUAGGACUAUUCUGGGACCUGCCGGUAAUAUAAGGACAAUCACCAAAGAGCAUCUGCAGAACUAUAUUCAGACACACUACACUGCUCCAAGAAUGGUCAUUGCUGCGUCUGGGGCUGUUAAGCAUGAGGAAAUUGUUGAGCAAGUUAAGAAGUUGUUUACCAAGUUAUCAUCCGAUCCAAUCACUGGUUCACAGUUAGUUAUGAAUGAACCGGCCACUUUUACUGGUUCCGAGGUUAGAAUGAUCAAUGAUGAUGUUCCUCUGGCACAAUUUGCGGUUGCUUUUGAGGGAGCAUCUUGGACGGACCCAGAUUCUAUUGCACUAAUGGUUAUGCAGGCAAUGCUGGGUUCAUGGAGCAAAAAUGUUGGGUGUGGAAAGCACAUGGGCUCUGACCUGGUACAAAGAGUCAGCGUUAAUGAAAUUGCGGAAAGCAUGAUGGCCUUCAACACCAACUAUAAAGAUACUGGUCUUUUUGGUGUCUAUGCGGUUGCCAAGCCUGAUUGUUUAGAUGAUUUGGCGUUUGCAAUUAUGCACGAGGCAACCAAGCUAGCCUAUCGUGUUUCAGAAGCUGAUGUCAUUCGUGCUCGUAAUCAGUUAAAAUCAUCCUUGAUGCUUCACAUAGAUGGAACUAGUCCUGUAGCUGAAGAUAUUGGACGGCAGCUACUUACAUACGGUCGGAGGAUCCCAUUUGCUGAAUUAUUUGCUAGGAUCGAUGCUGUUGAUCCAAGCACUGUGAAACGAGUUGCAAACCGAUUUAUUUAUGACAGGGAUAUAGCGAUUGCUGCCAUGGGCCCUGUCCAAGGUUUGCCUGACUACAACUGGUUCAGGCGCCGGACAUACUGGAACCGAUAUUAGAUUAUUUUGCUUUUCUUUAUUCUUGGGCAGCCACAAAAUGCAUUUUGGGACUUCUUGUAAAAGCAAAGCUCCUGGAAACACCCAAGGGUAACAUUUCUAUUCAUUUUGUAGUCUUCUUGGUUCUGUAAUGAGCAUGGAUGUCUUGGUGUUUCAGCUGAGAAUCACAAUAUAUUCUUUGAUAACGAUGGCCGGAAGCCAUGUCAUCCCGACUUCUUAUUUUGUUU